AUGGACACACUAGGACCCCCAUUGCUGUUGGCAAGCAGUGAUUUAGAUAUGCAGCUACAUGAAGAUAACCAUGCAGCAUCUAUCAAUGGAAUAUUGUCAAACGGCAAUGGUUUUGUUGACCCUAGAGUCCUAACCUCCACGAAAGACGUGCACGUUACCUACGAUGAUCACGACCCCGAGGAUGAAAUGGACUCAUCGUCAGACGAAACAAAAAUCAUAGCUGCUCCACGCCAAGCAUAUCUACCAACAGGGUGUUGUUAUGAUGAUCGAAUGAAGCUACACGCUACCGGAGAUUUCUCGGAUAACACGGCGCAUCCAGAAGACCCUCGACGAAUAGAAGCAAUAAUGAGAGCAUUCAAAGAGGCUGGCUUGAUCUAUACUGGCAGUCCGGAAAACCUUGAAGCAAUUCUCAAAGAAUCACCUACCAAGUACAUGUGGCGGAUUGCAGCAAGAGAAGCCAGAAAAGAUGAAAUUUGUACAAUGCAUUUAGCAAUGCACUACGACUGGGUUGAGUCCUUGGCCCAUAAAACCUCUGAAGAAAUACGCGAGCUAAAUAAGGUAAUGGACACUGGUCGGAAGUCCCUAUACGUCGGACUUUGUACUUACGAAGCUGCCUUGAUCUCCGCGGGUGGAGCGAUAGAAACUUGCAAACAUGUUGUUGAGGGAAAUGUGAAAAAUGCUAUUGCUGUUAUUCGUCCACCUGGACACCAUGCCGAAUCGAACGAGUCGCUGGGAUUUUGUGUUUUCAACAAUGUCCCUAUCGCUGCUAAGAUUUGUAUGCUGGAUUAUCCUGAAACAUGUAGGAAGGUUUUAAUUUUGGAUUGGGAUAUUCAUCACGGAAAUGGCACCCAGAACAUGUUCUACGACGAUCCAAACGUCUUAUACAUCUCGCUUCACGUGUACGAGGAUGGAAAUUUUUAUCCAGGUCAACCCGAAGAUGACAGUCUCCCCGAUGGUGGUAACGAUAAGGUUGGUAGCGGAGCCGGCCUUGGCAAGAAUGUCAAUAUUGGAUGGCCCUGCCAAGGCAUGGGAGAUGGAGAGUAUAUGGCAGCGUUCCAAAAGAUUGUCAUGCCUAUUGCUCAAGAGUAUGAUCCAGAUCUUGUCAUUAUAUCAGCGGGAUUUGACGCUGCCGCGGGUGAUGAACUCGGAGGAUGUUUUGUAACACCCGGCUGCUACUCCCACAUGACACAUAUGCUCAUGUCGUUAGCUGGUGGAAAGGUGGCCGUUUGUCUUGAAGGUGGCUAUAACCUAUCAGCGAUCUCACGUUCCGCUCUUGCAGUAGCCAAAACUUUAAUGGGGGAACCACCAACGAGACAGCCAAUUCCACCAUUGAGUAAAGUCGCCGCCGGAGUUUUUGAAGAAGUCAAGUUUUAUCAAUCUCCAUAUUGGGAAUGUAUGCGAUCCGGAAUCGUUGACUACAAAGAAGCACAAUUCAAAGGGGCUGUUCGUGUAGAUGAUGUUGUUCGAAGUCACCAGAGAAAUUUAUUGAGCAAAAACUAUCAAAUGGUCUCCUUGUGGGUUCAACGACAUCAACUCGCAAGAUCAUUCGAUAAUCAGGUUAUGGUCACUCCAUCGAUCAACUUUGCGAAGAAGAUACUGAUAAUUGUCGAUUUAAUCCCAGAAUACAUCGACUGGGCUAUCGCAAACGAUAUAGGCGUGAUGGAUAUCAACAUCCCACUGAAUACUGACACCGUUCCCUCCGCCACUGGCACUUAUCCUCCUCGCCCUGGCGGCUCUGAGCUUGAAAGUCAAAUGAAAGAUCUCGUUUGCUAUAUCUGGGAGAAUUUUAUUGAACUCUACGACUCAGACAAUAUCAUACUUAUGGGCGUCGGCGACGCAUACCUCGGUAUUAAACAACUACUCACCUCUAGAGAUUGCCGCCCUCGUGUUGCAGGCGUGCUUGCUUUCAUAACUGGUAGUCUUCGACCGAUUAAGAGCGAAACAGAUUCAACUCUGAGCAGUUGGUACAAGUCAAAUAGUGAGAUUUACGUUGCUGGUAAUCAUGCGUGUUGGACCGAUGAGGAAAACAUCAGGAAGGUUAGGAAACAGCGAUUUGGAAAGGUGGUACGAAGUGAGGAGACGGGCUUGGUAAAAAUGAUGCGUAGGCAUCAACCAAGUGCGAAGGAGUGGAUGCAGGAGAAAUUUGAGGAGAAAGCGAGAAAUGAUCAUUUUAUGGGGAUGGGUGAUGAGAUUUCCGCGCCUGGUAUGGAUGAUGGUGAAAGGGAAAUGAUGAUGGAUAUCUGA